GCCGAGGACCCGGAAGCGGCGUGGGCAUGCGAGGCGGGCCGCCCUGGCGGGUGCUCUUCUUCGGCACAGACGCCUUCGCCGGACAGGCCUUGCGCGCACUAUGGCGGGCCCGAGAGCCAACUCCAUGCCAACUAGUGGACCACCUGGAAGUGGUGACCCUGCCAUCCAAAAUGCCAAAGGGGCUCCCGGUCGAGAACACCGCAGAGCAGCUCCAGCUCCCCAUCCACUUGUGGCCCGACAUUGGUCCCUGCGAACACUUUGACGUCGGCGUUGUGGCAUCCUUUGGGCGCCUGCUCAGCGAGGAGCUCAUCCUUAAGUUCCCAUAUGGUGUUCUGAAUGUCCAUCCCAGCUACCUUCCUCGGUGGCGAGGGCCAGCACCCAUCAUCCACACCGUUCUCCAUGGAGAUCAAACGACUGGGGCAACAAUUAUGCAGAUCAGACCUAAAAGGUUUGAUGUAGGUCCCAUUAUUAAGCAGGAGUCGAUCGCUGUCCCAGCCCACUGCUCAGCCAAAGAGUUGGAGUCAAUAUUGUCCAGUCUAGGUGCAAAACUGCUCAUUGCUGUUCUCCAAAACUUACCUGAAAGUUUACAGAACAUGAGAGAGCAACCCAAGGAAGGAGUCACGUUUGCACCCAAACUCACUGCUGCAAUGAGUUGCAUCCGGUGGGAAGAGCAAACAGCGGAGCAGAUCCUGAGGAUGCAUCGUGCCUUGGGCUCCAUGAUGCCCCUGCAAACACUCUGGAUGGGGACUGCUGUCAAACUGUUGGAUUUACUUGAAGUUGAGACGUUACCUGACAUCCAAGAUAGGAUAACAGCAGAAAAGGGAGCCAUCCCAGGAUCAGUGUUCUACCAUAAGCAGUCAGAGACACUGGUAAUCAAUUGCAAGGAAGGCUGGGUCGGAGCGAAAGGGGUCGUCCUGAAGAAGAAGCUGACCGCUGCCGAUUUCUACAAUGGCUACUUGCAUCCGUGGUUUCAGCAGAAUGCUAAAAUGCCUCCUGAGAGAUGCAGGUUUCAGACUCUCAAGCUGGUCACAACCAAAAGGAGCCCAAAAGGAACAGUGUUGCAGGCUCACAACACAUAGUCGUAGUCACAACCUCCUGCAUCCAAGUCCAAAAGAACCAGUGGCUUCUAUAAGCUGGAGACUGGUAAUAAUAUAUCAGUUCUGCUCCAGAAGCAAAGCAUAUCCCUGGCGCAGUUCAAAGGUUGGAAAGAGCAGAAGUGAUAUCAUUUGAGCUUUGCUCCUUGUCUGCACCUGCAAAAGGACUUGAGGGUAUCUGCUCACCUUGAAUCCUGUAUCCAAGUCAAGUGGUUGGAACUUGGAAUACAUUUCCAGCCCAGCAAAGGCGCUUUCCUAGCCUCUGUAUCCCAAUUCUGUGUAUAAAGCGCAUUAUAGUUUUGGUUUUGCAUUUAAAUUACCAGUUUGUGAUCCAGUAAACUGGGCAUUAAAUUAUUUUCAUAA